AUGGUGGUCUUUUCACGACAAGCAGGGGCCAACGCCAUGAAUUGCAGUCGCAUCCAAACUUCGCGACCGUCCAAAACCACUCUUCCGAACACCACCUCUUCGUUGCAAACCGCAAAACUCAAAGAUUCCUGCGACAAAUGCUCUGCCUCCAAAGUACGUUGUACGAAAGAGAAGCCUUGCUGUACCCGCUGCGAUAAGCUUGGAUACACAUGCUUUUACAGCCCAGCAAGACGGGCUGGCCGCCCCUACCGGUCUAGAAAACAGUUCUCAGAGGGAAAAGACAGCGAGGAAUCAAACAGACCCUUUGCCAGAGAUAUAGCAACUACCCGUUUCGUAGACGAGAGCGCGAGACUGUACUCCCGCUUCAAUGGUGCCUCCACACCCGUCGACGUAACGUCCAACAUCUCAAACUCAAAUUCCACUUCGUCCAAUAACAAAAUGGCACAACCAGACCUCGUUACCGGAAAAGACCACGACGGCUCCGAUACCGAUUGUAUGCUAGUUGCUCUGGACAUAUUCUCCGAACUAGAAGUGCCAGCAGAGCAAUUGAGACGAGUGUUUCCCGUAGACGCAAGUCUUCUCAACACAAUCACACAAACUAUCACAACAGCCUUCCAUCGCCUCUCUACAAUUUUGAUCUGCCGUUGCUCCGAGCGAGCGGAGGUGGGGAUACUCGUUUCAGCAAUUUGCAUGUCCAUCAUUGACAUGCAUGCCAUCACAAUUUCAAAUUUUGCGAAAGAUCAGCCUUCCACUGGGCUUCUCGGCCAGCAGACGCCAUGCGAGAGUCCCAGUGUCGGGUCUCAAAGGUCCCCUGAACAUGAUGCUAUGUCUAUACAGGUUUUUACGGAGCUUUCGGAGCUGGCCAGGCUCAUUGUACAGCUUACUGAGCGCUAUGAUGAAGCGAGUGGGGCUUUAAAUAGGAAGGGCCUAGGAAAUGGAUCGGAGCUGCCAACGGAAAUUCUGCCAGGAAUGGCUACUUACCUGCGUGAGAGUUUGCAGCAAAUCACGAAUGAUGCUACUCAUUGGCUUUAA